GGGCUGCCUGAGUUGGAGGCGAGGCUGUCGGGUUCCAUUAUGGCGGCUCUGCCGGAGGAGCCGGCCGAAGCAGUCACAGUGAAGCCGGACCCCGACGCGGGAGCGCCGCCGGCGCCACCCCCUCCUCCUCCCGCUCUCCCUCAGUCGCCGGCAGCAGCAGCGGGAGCGACGGCGGCAGCGGGAGUCGCUGCCGCUCCCUCUGCCCCCUCGGCCGCCGCUCCUCUAGCGGAAGGGGGCGAGCCGUUGGCGGCAGGAGCCGACGCGAAGCCGCCGGUGGCGCCCAGCCCUGCGCCGCCCGCUUCGCAGCUGCCCACCGACCGGCAGACGCUGCUGGCUGUGCUGCAGUUCCUGAGGCGCAGCAACCUCCGCGAGUCCGAGGAGAUCCUCCGCAGGGAGGCCCGGCUGCUCGCUGACGAGGUCGCGGCGGAUCCCGGCUCCUCGGCGCCCGGAGUCCAGGCGUCCCAUGGCGGGGAAGGGCAGGAGCCCGGCGGCGGCGCCCCCGGCUCUGGGGAUGUGCUGCUCAGCUCGGUCACCUUUGGCCAGAGCGGGGCCACCAUCUCUCCGGGCGCUGCCGCGGCGCCUCCCGCAGUGGCCUUGGGGCCACCUGGGAAAGGUGAGCGAGGGGGUCGCUCGCAGGAGGGACCUUUCAUAUUUGCACUGGCUGCUUUGUGACAGCUGAGGUCAAAAUCCAGUUUUUAAAUUCGCAUGCUGUUCUACGUUGUGGUCACCUAGUGCUAUUGCACAGGAUUCGUUCUGCGAAUGGUAAUGACUUGACCAAUUUAUCUGUUUAGGGAAGCUUUUAAUGUUUGACAGACUAUUGUAUUUUAAUAUUUUGUUGGAAGCUGUUCAGAGGGGCUGGGGAAACCCAUCCAGAUGGGCAGGGUAUAAAUAAAUUAUUUAUUUAUUAUUAUUAUUAUUAUUAUUAUAUUGGAGUACAUAUUACUGUGCGGGAGGCAACGGAAGACAGGAGUGCCUGGCAUUCUCUGGUCCAUGGGGUCAUGAAGAGUCGGACACGACUAAACGACUAAACAACAACGACAUAUUACUGCAUACAUAAACUUUUUUUUUGUUAAUCGGCUUGCUCUUUUGGGGCACACCUAUAAAGCUGUUGUUUAUAUUUUUUUUCUCCCAAGCAAUCAAAGUUAAAGUCUACAAUAAAACUAGAUUUAAAACCAAGCUGUUGUUUAUAUUUUUAGUCUCCCAAGCAAUCAACGUUAAAGUCUACAAUAAAACUAGAUUUAAAACCACACAUAAUAUAGAAGGAAUACAAAGUGUAAGCUACAGCUUCAGUUUCAAAAUAACUAGGUGAGAGACUUAGUUAUCACCUUUUAUAACUACAUUUUGGGAAGUAGUAUAAUAGGAGGAAUUGACGCCACUAAUAGAAUAUUCUGUAGAGCAGAACUCCCAUCAGCCUUAACUAGCAUGACCAAUGGCGUGGGAUGAUAGGAGUUGUAGGUAAGGGGCUAUACUGACUGCAUAACCUGCUUAUGAAUGAUAUUUGAUCCUGGAUUGUAAUAGUACAAUUGAGCUUGGGGUAUGAUUGAAUGAUGUCAAUUUUUCAUGUAAACAUUUAGUUGAAAAGAAAUUUGUUGCAGCAUGUUUCUUAGUCAUUUUCUCUGUGUCAUUACUUAUUAAAAGUGAUAAAAAUAGCACUGUUGCUGUACAUGAAAAUUUAUGCAGCAGUAUAAAGGGGAAAGAGGUUAUUGUCUCAAGAAGCUUACACAGUUUAGAGCUGAAAUAGUUACAGAGAGUGCAAACAUUGAUUUACCCUUUAUAUGUUAAUGCCUUGCAGUUGGAGUCUUUGUGGAAGAUCAGCCAGAUGUAAGUGCAGUACUGUCUGCCUACAAUCAGCAAGGAGACCCAGCGCUUUAUGAAGAGUACUACAGUGGACUGAAACACUUCAUUGAAUGUGCUCUGGACUGUCAUCGAGCUGAGUUAUCGCAGCUUUUUUAUCCUCUCUUUGUACAUAUGUACUUGGAGCUAGUCUACAAUGGGCAUGAAAAUGAAGCAAAGUCCUUCUUUGAAAAGUAAUACCAUUUUGUUCAUUUAGCCUCCAUUUUCAUGUCCUCACUAUUAGCUAGAUAAAUCUAUAAAUUUGUUGGUUGCAGAUGUUCACAGUUAAAGUGUGUGAACUGGAAGUAGAGUCUGUAACAUUUACACUAAGGCAGGCAUCCAGAGGAGGAACAAAAUAAUCCUGAGAUGCUGAAAGAUUUUUAAGCCCCUCUCCUGGCAGUUAGGUCUUUCCUGCAAGUGUGGGCUACUGGAUGCCUGCAACCACAAAAUGUAUGCAGUAUUUUAGGAGGAUAUUUAUAGAUGCCAUAUAACAUGACUUAAGACAUUCCCAGUUAUUACAUAGAUUAUUGCAUUCCAAUGACUAAUUAUUAUUCUUAUGAGGCAGCUUUUGUUUAUGUGUGUGCUAAUUUGUUUAAUUAUGAGGUUAAAUGCCAGUUCUAGUGAUGUCUGUAAAGUUCGGAAACUUCUAGGCCUGAACCAUUUGAUAACAUUGCUCAUUUCAAUGACUUAAGGGAGUUGAACCAAUGAAAUAUUCUGCAUUGUCUCCUGUUAUGGGCAGCAAGCGAAUACAUACAUGGCCUCUUCAGAGGAAAUUUACCUGUGCCCAAGGCUGGAAAAUCCUAGGUAUUUGGUACUUGAAUUCCUAAACAUUUAUGUGGUUACUUAGGAAUCUGAAAUGUUUUUUCCAGCCUUGUCCAUUCUGGUUUUAUGAGCUAAUACAAAAGGUUGCUGCUUGUAAAAGCUAGCUAUUUCUCACAGCACCUGUGCUUCUGUGCUUUAGAAUUGUGGAUUUCUUCUGGUAUAAUGAACUAUGUUGUAUGGGUUUACCUUGAAAGUCAAGUAGUUUAUUAAAUUACUGCUAUUUCAAGAUGUUCUGCUAGACUGACUGCACCAGCAAUUGAUUGAGAAAGAUCUGGGACAUUAAGGGUGACGUAGAAUGAUGUCCGCUUGCUUGUGCAACAGGACUUAGUUUUUCUUCUCCUCAGCCUCCAGAGCAGAUUUUGGAGGGGGGGGCGGAGAAGAGACAGGCAGAUGUAGACGAGGAAGAAGCACCCACUUGCACUAUGCUGGAUCUCACCCUUAGAUAAUCAAAGAAAUUACGAGAUAAAAGCAGUUAUGGGAGCGAAAAAUUCAAUUGAAAUGAAUUUUUAACAUAACUGAACUAUUGAUAAAACAUAAUUUUUAGAUACAUUAAAUAUAAGAUGGUGAUAGUACAUAGAUGUCAUGUGCGAAUAUAGAAAAAAAAAAAAUGUGUUCUGCUGAAGAUCACAGAACUUAAGUUGUUUAGACAGUUGUCCCCCUAUACAUCUUUUGUAUGAUUCUAACCUUUUUCUAGGUUUCAUGGAGAUCAGGAGUGUUAUUAUCAAGAUGACUUGCGUGUACUAUCAAGUUUAACCAAAAAAGAGCACAUGAGAGGGAAUGAGACAAUGCUGGAUUUUCGAACGAGCAAGUUUGUGCUGCGAAUUUCCCGAGAUUCUUAUCAGCUAUUGAAGAGACACCUUCAGGAAAAACAGAACAAUCAGAUCUGGAAUAUUGUUCAGGAACAUCUUUACAUUGAUAUCUUUGAUGGAAUGCCUCGCAGUAAACAACAGAUUGAUGCUAUGGUGGGAAGUUUGGCAGGAGAGGCAAAACGGGAGGCUAAUAAAGCAAAGGUAUGAGGUUAAUAAAUACGUAACAUCAUGAACAUUUUGUCAGGGAUGUAUAGGUUGUCAGUUCUAUGAGAGUUCUUGGCUUCUUUAGAUCUGCAGUUGGUUUAACAGUGUAUGCUUCUGGAUAAGGAAGAAUUAGCUAAGCACUCUUACUUAUCAUUACUCCUGACUGCAGCUCCUUGUGCUAAACUGGAUGUUGUUCUGGAUAGAUCUCCAAUUUUCCAAAGCAGUUUAAAUUUAUGUGCCCCUUACUUGCCAAAAUGGCAAGUAUCUCUCUGACCAUUGUCAUGGCAUUAGAGAUGACUUACAUCGGAUGUUUUCAUAUAUUCUGCCAUUGUUCAAUAUACGAUACAGAAAGGCUAAGGAGUUACAUUUGUCACUGACAUCUGUGGCAGAUUAGUGGUCCAGUUUACAUGUCAUGUUAAAGCACAGUUAAAACUUAACUUUUUUUUUUAUAAGAUAUUUAUUAAGAUUUUCAAGAUAUUACAAAAUAAAAAUAGAAAAAAGAAAAACACAAAAUAAAAAUAGUUAAAAACAACUCAGUCUUUCCAUUACUUAUUUUUCAUUAGCUUGUUUCCCGGACCUCCUCACGCCUCCCUUUUUUGUAUUCCAGUUCGGUUUGUUGGUUCAGCAAAUCCUUCCCCUCUUUGUUUAUCCUAAUCAUUAAUCUUAAAAUAUUGUAACAUUAAAUUUUUACCUGUUAGUAAUCCAUUUUACAUAUUCCCUUAUAGUAUUGCAGCUAAAAACCACUUAAUUUCUAUCCAACAUCAUUCUAACAUUCAUUAAUUUUACAAUAUUUCUGUAAAUAAUCUUUAAAUUUCUUCCAAUCUUCUUCCACCGACUCUUCUCCCUGGUCCCGGAUUCUGCCAGUCAUUUCCGCCAGUUCCAUAUAGUCAAUCACCUUCAUCUGCCAUUCUUCCAGAGUGGGUAGAUCUUGUGUCUUCCAAUACUUUGCAAUGAGUAUUCUUGCUGCUGUUUAAAACUUAACUAUUGUUCCCACCCCCCAAUUACUUGAAAAUUGCUGAGAAUUUUGGUGGACCACUCUUCAUGGAGAUGUAUGUCUUAAAUGAAAGCUGUUGUGGUCCACAGAGAAACAUUCAUAUUUUAAAAAGUAAUUACAUUGAUCUAAUAAAAUUUAUUAUUCUGCUCUACCAGUUCUCUGUUUCAUUAAACUUUUCUUUUUUUAAUUACAUGACUCUUUUCUUCUUUUGGCUUGUAGGUCUUUUUUGGCUUAUUAAAAGAACCAGAAAUUGAGUUGCCUUUGGAUGAUGAAGAUGAAGAGGGGGAAAAUGAGGAGGGCAAGCCAAAGAAGAAGAAGCCAAAAAAAGACAGCAUGGGAUCAAAAAGUAAAAAGCAAGAUCCAAAUGCUCCUCCACAGACUAGGUAAUGCUGAAAGUAGAAACAUCUCAAUUCAUUUUCCAUCUUGCUUUUUUAGUUUGCGCCAGUUCAAACUGAAGUGGGCAGCUGACAUUGCUGAAUAGAAAACUAGAUAUCACAGAAAAGGUUUCUACCCCAGUCUUUUACCUGACAUCUAGCUUUGUGUGUGGAAGGUUGGCUUUUUUUCCUUCUGCAUGGAGGAGCAUUCAGUCAUGUGAGCCCUCGUGCAUUCUGAUGUGAUACAGAGCAAAGGAAAGUUUACCAUCUAGGAACUAGACUAUAGUCUAUAUUUUGAUACGCAUUUUCUCAGUUAAUUUGAUUCUUAAAAAACGUUUUGGAGGUUCUCUUUCUAUUAGGAUAGGGGUCAGCAAACUUUUUCAGCAGGGGGCCAGUCCACUGUCCCUCAUACCUUGUGGGGGGCUGGACUAUAUUUUUUGUGUGGGGGGGGAAAUGAAUGAAUUCCUGUGCCCCACAAAUAACCCAGAGAUGCAUUUUAAAUAAAAGCACACAUUCUACUCAUGUAAAAACAUGCUGAUUCCCAGACUGUCCAUGGGCCAGAUUUAGAAGGUGAUUGGGCUGCAUCCGGCCCCUGGGCCUUAGUUUGACUACCCAUGUAUUAGGAGAUGCAUUGCACUGAUGUAAAAAGCUUGUAUCAUUUGAAGGAAAACCUUCCUCUAUGAAUAUGGAGGCGUACGUAAAAGUAACUUCCCUUAUAUUGUAAAAGAAUUGGUAGAGUUAGGAUUUUCCUAAUUUUGUCAUCUUUUAGUUAUUACUACUCAAGGAGCUUGUUCUCUGGGUUCUUCCCAGACAUUCAAAAGUUGAGUUCUUUUUCGGCCUCUGUUCAGUCAGUGUGCAGGUGUGAUUUCCUGACAUCAAUGAAUCUUUUGUUUCGUUUUUGGUUUUAAGUAUGUUCUUCUGUAUACAGAAUCCCGCUUCCUGAGCUAAAGGAUUCGGAUAAGUUGGACAAAAUAAUGAAUAUGAAAGAAGCCACUAAACGUGUACGUCUUGGUCCAGACUGCCUGCCUUCCAUUUGUUUCUACACAUUCCUUAAUGCAUACCAGGUCAGUUGUGGGAUUGGUAGUGAUACCAAAGUAUGACAUUAGGCGGAGGGCAACUGGAGGUGGCUUUGCCAAAAUGGCCUCAACCAAACGGGGGAGGUCUGGUGAGCUUAAUUCUCCACUCCUUGUCUAUAGCAGUGGCUCCCCAGUUUCAGACCAUUCUCUCCCUGCCCUACCUGCAGGUGUUGAGGGUUAAACUUGGCAUGCAAAAUAUAUUCUGUAUAAUCCAGCCCUUCCCAGAUACCUGUUCUAUCAAAUCUUGGCAAAGUUUAAAAAAUGGAUUGCGCCCUGACUUUGAAUGAGUGGGACGCUGCUUGCCCAGUGCGGUUUUUCAUCCUCUUUCCUCUGGCCCUCAGGACAGCUGUGGAACUAAGUGUUGUGGGCUGCAAUGGGAGAUGGAAGCAUAAGAAAUUGGACAGAGACAACUUGCCUAAUGCAGAGCUGGAAGGCCACUCGUUGUAGUCAGGAUACAACACAUAAUUAAUACCAAAAAUGUGGAAGUGCCUUGUGCAGGCUGCUUAAAUAAUAGGGGGCUGCAAAUCUUUUACUUUUAAUGAUGGCUUGUGGUUGCCCCACAUGAAGCAAGAUUCCUUCCCUUCUCUGCUUUUCACUUAUUGAACAAAACAUGGGCAGGAAGGCUUUGUCUUACUUCAGGUUGGGAGGCAGAGAUGGACAGCAAGGGAGUCUCACUAUUUCGAGUGUCUCCAAAUCCUGGUGUAAAGUGGAAAAUUAACCUCUUCCCCUUCUUUCAAGUCCUCUGCAUUUGCCAGAGGACUCAGGAGGGUUGGGUAAAUGGUGACUACAAAAAAUCAGUGCCAGCCAAAAGGUGGAUCCUUUCUUUAAAAACAAAAAACUUCUGCCCCGGGUUAAGCAACAUUUGCUUUGCAUUUUUUUUUUUUAAUGGCUAUACAGUAUAGUUAAUUUUGUAAUAUGGUAAUUCUCACCUGUGUGUUCAAAACUAAUGGUAGAUGGCCAAUUCUCGGGGAACAACACUGUGUGGUGAUUACAUUCCCAUAUAUAAAACUUAUUCAAUGGUGAUUUUUGCAUGAACAGGGCCUUACAGCAGUGGACAUUACAGAUGACUCUAGCAUGAUCGUUGGAGGCUUUGCUGACUCCACUGUCAGAGUGUGGUCUGUGACACCCAAAAAGCUACGCAGUGUGAAAUCAGCAGCAGGUAAUCAGAAUGAACUCUCGUCCUAAUUUACACACUAACUGUUCAGAUAGAGGAUCACAUGGAGGAAGGUUGCUCAGUUUAAAUCCUUCCUUUGGAAUAGCAAUCCUGAGCUAAUGAAAUGAAAUUAUUUUGACUUAAUGCAUCACAGCUUUAGCAUUCAUAUGUAUUUAACUGCUGACAAUAGAACCUACCCAAAUUAAGACAAAUUGUUUUUGCAUAUAACUACUGACAUCAGGGGAAAAACUAUACAUAAGGAUCAAUGCUCUAUUUAGGGAAGAUGUUGUGAUACUUUGGAAAUGAGACAAUGUUUAUUUUGUGUUAUUGUACUUCCUUAUUGUAGAGUACUGUGUUUUUGCUAAGGAAGAUAUGCUAAUGCAGAGAUUUUAAAAAUCAAGUGGUUCCAGGAAUGGAGCAGAAAAUACAAUUGAAAGUGUUCAGGCCUGUCAGCCUAGCAAAAUGGUUGCCAGUGGUACUCUGGCAUAAGCAUCACAGAUUUCAGAUUUCAAUGAAGGCCUUUCCCAACCAGAUGCCCAUCAGAUAUUUGGGACUGUAGCUUGCUUCAGGCAUAGCCAGCACAUCUCUGUUGGCUGGAGCUGAUGGAGGUUAUAGACAAACACAUUUUGAGGGCAUCUUGAUCUGUAUCAUUGAAAUUGACAGAAAAUCAUGACUUAGGCCAUGGUGGUAUUCUGAUACAAUCAAAAAGGCAUUUGCACUUUGGCAAGCACUACUAGCGAUCUACAUGAAGAUAAACUUUAGGGUUUUUUCUUUUCAGAUCUCAGUCUCAUAGAUAAAGAAUCAGAUGAUGUUUUAGAAAGGAUCAUGGAUGAGAGAACAGCAAGUGAGUUGAAGAUUUUAUAUGGUCACAGUGGACCUGUCUAUGGUACCAGCUUCAGUCCUGAUAGGUAAAACAAUAGUUAUUUGUGGGGGGAUCUCUUAAUACAGUAUUCUUUAAGCAGAGUAUCCACACUUACAAAAAGUAUUUUUCUGGAGACUUUUGUACAGUUUGAGUGUACCACCUCAGGAUAGAUGAAUGAGACCUGAUCCCAUGGACUAUGUAAUUUAUGUUGAGCAUCAGAAGGAACCUCAUGAGCUAGAAGCCUCAAACUGCUACAGGCAGUGGCCAUUUUAGGCAUGUCCAGUUAACAUGUGAUUGCCAACAUAUGAGUCCUUUUGGACCUGGAAGAGAACGGAACGAGAGGUGUGGCACGCUUAUGUACACUCAACCAAAGCAUGCAGAGGCCAGGAACAGAACCCCCACACGAAAUGUUCCGUCUGUACUAGCAUAUUUUUAAUCUGAAGGUCCCAUCCUUCAGAUGAGCUAUGUACAAUAUCAAAAAGCUUAGAAUUGAAACAGUACUGCACAAUUGUUGUUUACAAAAGUGCAGUGGGUUAAGCCAAUGUCCACUUAAUAUCUAUGAAUCUCAAACCCACCUCUAGCUAUAGUCCCUGAAAUGUUUUUGUGUAUUGGACAAUGAAAUAUAUACCUGUCAAAAUAAUGGUUUUAUUUCUUUAAAGCAUGAUCAAGCUUUCUUAGAUGCAGGAGGCUUUUCACAUAUUUUAAACUAGUAAAUUAUAUAUGGGGCAAUAGAUCUUCACAUGUACAUGAAUAGAUGAGUGUUCUAUAUUUCAUAUUAUAUCACUGUUUUAAAAAUAUUGUAUGGAAAACAUGAAUAUGAAAUAACUUCUAAGAAACAAGGGGGAUAACAUUCUGAAGAGCAUGUUUUAAAGUGGGCAGCAUCCCAUGUUGCGUGAGUGGACUUGAGCUCAUGUAAUUGGGCUUCAGCUACCUUACCCUUCCCUCCAAAACCCCUCCAUCAUCUCUGGACAAUCCUGUAAUUCUCCAGAGCAGUUUGAGGGUGUGUGGAGGGUGGGGGCUACAGGCAAUGUUGGAUACAACCUAGUAGUUUAUAAUUUUGAGGUUAUAUUGUUAAAUUUUAAUUCUUAAAAACAAAUCAGGCGUCAGCCAAGCAUCAAACAGUAACCAAUCAAUGUGAUGGCUAAGAGGAUGUAAACAUAAGAAAUCCUUAGUUCCUGUGUCAUCUCAGCUGUGAUCUUCUUCUUUUAGCUUCUUAAAUGCAAAAUGGGGAUAAUACUCUCCUGAAGUGUAUUAAAAGCUUUGAUGUCUUGAAAUGUGUUAUUGAGAGGUUUAAGAUUGAGUAUAGCUUUAAAAAAUACCUUUUCUGAUUUAUUUUUUCUGUCAGGAACUACUUGCUAUCAUCUUCAGAGGAUGGCACUAUCAGACUGUGGAGCCUCUUAACCUUUUCUUGUCUAGUCGGAUACAAAGGACACAACUACCCUAUAUGGGAUACACAGUUCUCUCCCUAUGGAUAUUACUUUAUAUCUGGAGGUCAUGACAGAGUGGCUCGGUAAGAGUCAGCAUGAGUUUCCCAUCUCAAUGUAAAUCUGCAGUUCUGUCUUGUCAGUUGGUGACAUCUCCUUGUUGCUGUCUGCUAUAUUUUAGGGCAAGGGUAGGGAACCUCUAACCCAAAGGCCAAUCUUGGCCUGCAAGGUCCUUUCCCCCGAACAACACCCACUUGUAUCUCAACAGAUAUCAGUGGGUGAUAUCAGCUGAUGAAGGGGGGGCAGGGUUCAAUCCUGCAAGGAUCUGUUUUGCCACCGUGUUCCCUGUGGGGAACAUGCUGGUGAAGCAGACUCCUUCAGCCAGUAGGACUGAACUCUUUGCUUAUCAGCUGGUGAAUGGAGAGUUCAGUCCUUAUAGUUGUUGCUUUGCCAGUAUGUUCCCAGCAGAAUGGCACUGGUGAAGGAGACCCCUCCCCCUGCCUCAGAUUAACUUUGAUAGGUGAACCCACCUAUCAGUCACCUGACAUUAGAUGAUUGAUGCCAAAGUUAACUUAUUUUGUAUAUGGUAUACGACCCUUCUCUUGCCAACCUAGCAGUUCGGAAGCACAUCAAAGUGCAAGUAGAUAAAUAGGUACUACUCCGGUGGGAAGGUAAACGGUGUUUCCGUGCACUGCUCUGAUUUGCCAGAAGCGGCUUAGUCAUGCUGGCCACAUGACCCGGAAGCUGUACGCUGGCUCCCUCGGCCAAUAAAGCGAGAUGAGCGCCGCAACCCCAGAGUUAGUCACGACUGGACCUAACGGUCAGGGGUCCCUUUACCUUUGCCUAUACAACCCUUAUAUAAGACGACCCCUACUUUUUAAAACCCAAAAUUAAGACAUCAGGUUUUGGGGAGGACAACAUGCAAAAACACACACCCCAUUGCAUGUCUGGCCUGCUGUGCCAAAAAGGUACCUCAUCCUUGUUCUAGGAUAUAUCCUAUAAGACAUUUGACUAAAAAUAGUACUAACUGCCAUUUAGGGUUUUUUAUACUAGAGGGAGAAUUAAAUUUGCCCCCCCCAGCCCCCAUCUCUCUUGAUUCUUCAGCUUAGUUUGGAAGCACUUGUGAAGCACACAUUCCCUUGCCUUCACGACAUCAGCAGUCUUGUUAUGUAUUUCUUGUUUCGCAUUUUUGAAAUGUUCUUUGUACUGGUUUAAGCUUGUGGGCUACGGAUCACUACCAGCCUUUGCGGAUCUUUGCUGGCCAUCUUGCUGAUGUCACAUCAACGCGUUUUCACCCAAACUCCAACUACGUUGCUACAGGCUCAGCAGAUAGGACUGUGCGGCUGUGGGAUGUCCUGAAUGGGAAUUGUGUCAGAAUUUUCACAGGACAUAAGGUAAAUUAAUGUGAGAUUAACACUGAAAUACAUUAGUUGCGCAAAAAUGGUAACAGGAGAUGGCUGAAACCUUUGCACACAGUACUAGAAAUUAGUUAAAAACUGACCUGUUGCUCAAAGUUUCCUUUUGAAUAGAUACUGUUUCUCCAUAGGACCACAACCUAUCUUUUAACUUCCCACUGGGAAGUAAGAGGUCACCUCAGAAGAGGUGGUGCAGAGUGCUCUGAAAUGACAUUAUUUAUUUGAAGGGUGCUUGCCAAGGCAUACUGUUGACGGUUUUGUUUUUGGAUUUUAUAUAUAGGAUUUUCUGUAGCUUUGAAUUGUUAUCAUCUCUAGUGUAAUUUACCUUGAGGCUUCUUGUAGAAGGUGAUGCAUAAGUGUUGUUGUUAAUAGGCUUAUUUUUGUUCCAGGGACCAGUUCAUUCAUUGGCAUUUUCUCCUAACGGAAGAUUCUUGGCAACUGGGGCAACAGAUGGAAGAGUGCUUUUGUGGGAUAUUGGGCAUGGUUUGAUGGUUGGAGAAUUAAAAGGACACACAGACACAGUCUACACACUCAGAUUCAGUAGAGAUGGAGAGAUCUUAGCAUCAGGUAUUGAAGUCAAUUUUGCUCUGUUUAGUGGAACAAUACUAUCAUCUGGAAUCAUAGACUUGUCUCUAUUUUGACAUCUCAGUCUUCCAUUUAGUGAGCAAUUGUUAAAGCGUAUUCAUUUAAUACUUUAAUUUGCUAGCAUUGUCUGUUAACUUGAAAAACUGAACCUAAAGGACAAGAUGGUGCCACACCCAACUUUCCAUGUAUAGAAGCAGACAUGACUUGCAAAUGGUGAGGGGAGGUAUCGUGUACUGCACCUGUGGGAAGCCAGAUAGCUUGGGGGCUGCAGGAGAGGCCGCAUGGCGCACAGCUUUGUCCAUAAACACACUGCUUCUACACUGCAUCCCCCAGCAUCCACCACCUGAGGCUAAUAGGCCAGGCCCGAACUUCCUUUUAUGCAAUUAUAUACCUUUUGAAGCAAAGCUACUAUUUACCAUAUUUUUCGCUCUAUAACAUGCACCCGACCAUAACACGCACGUAGUUUUUAGAGGAGGAAAAUCCGUAGGCAUGCCACCCGUAGGCAUUCCCUCCAUAACACGCACAGACAUUUCCCCUUACUUUUUAGGAGGAAAAAAGUGAGUGUUAUGGUGCAAAAAAUACGGUAUGUAUUUACCAAAGUGGGCAUGCUAAAUUCGAGCAGGCUUUGCAGAAUACUUUAAAUAUUUUUCCCCUCAGAAUUUGGCUUUUUUUUUUUUAACCUAUUAUGAACAAGGUGUGGGUCUUUUUGAAAAAGUAAAUGGGUUUAGAAGUUUUGCCUUCCUGCUUAUUCAUGCUCCCCCACUGUAAUUUUAUUAGCAUCAGCCCCCAAUCUAUCCAGUGAAGGGAUUUCAUACUAUAUAAUACAAAUAUAACUUAAUUAUAAUUCCAUUUAUUUUUUACUAUUACGAGGGUUUCAGCUUGUAUCUUUUAAACUAUAAAUGGUGAGAGUGGGACCUGCAUUUUCUGUCCUGUUACCAGAAUUUUAGAAACAUUGGGUCAUAUUCUACAUAGUCCAUGCAUGAGUGAAAUGGGUUCCGACUCAUGCAUUAGGACUUCCUCUCCUCCCUGCAAGCAGGUUGAAGGAUCUUUGAAAAGGCUUUAUCUUUGAAAGGCUAUUAACUACUACAGAGUACUUAGCAGUGAAUAUAAGAAGUGAUUAGUAGUUUUGUAGAUUCUCAGCUUGAAGAAUGGGUUGUGGUGUAUAGCAGAAGUUUUUUCUUUAUAUUCAGAAUUAAAUGUUAUGUCCUGUUAAAUUAGAAGAGUUGUUUUCAUCUUUCCUAGGUUCCAUGGAUAACACGGUAAAGCUAUGGGAUGCUGUGAAAGCCUUUGAGGACUUAGAAACAGAUGAUUUUACCACAGCCACUGGACAUAUAAACCUGCCUGAAAGCUCUCAAGACUUGCUGUUGGGUACAUACAUGUCCAAAUCGACCCCUGUCACACAUCUUCAUUUUACCCGCAGAAAUUUGCUUCUUGCCGCUGGAGCAUACAGUCCUCAGUGAACUACCAAACUACAAGACUUGAUUGUACAAGUCUCAUGUAUAUCUUAGAAUAACUUGAAUUAAUGAAGACCACAAUGUACAUAUUAUACAAAUGAACUGAACUUGUCUGCCAGAACAAAUGGUGCAAACUGAUGAUGAUUCAAGCCACACCUUCAGAAACUGCUAUUUUAAACCCCACCCCAACCCCAGUGUUAGUGCUGAGACAUUGACAUCAUAAAAAUAGGGGAAGAAACAUAUAAUGUGGUAUGGCUUUUUAAAAGAAGUAAACAGUAUGUGGGAAUACCUUGCUUAACCUUGUCCACAAAAUGACAACAGGCACUACAAAACUGUAGUGCCAGUUGCAUAAAGCAAAGUUGUUUGAACAACAAUUUAAAAGCACUUAGUUUGGCAUUAACACAGGUUUAAUAAGUACCCAAAAUUUUCUUUCGAAAUAAGGUUUGUUCAUAUAAGUUCUUCAAGAGUGGAAUUUGUCUCUAUGGAGCUGUUACUUCUUUAUAAAGAUGUGAAGAGGCCUAAGUAGUUAUCUGACUUAUGUAAGUAACCUAGUUUCUUCAAAGCUGAAAAGCACAAAUUGAACAAGAUUGAACAGUUCUAAAACUUCAAUUACCAGUAAGCGGCAUUUUAGGAAACGCAAACAAUACUUGAAACCUUUAAAACUGAAUUUUUGCGUUCCUAACUAUUUUGGAUACAAAAAGUAGACCAACCUCCCACCACAAGAAUCUUGAUUCACCCCCCCUUAAGUAUUUGCCAGGGGGAGAAAUACUUUUUGAGCCCUUUCUAUAAUGACAAAGCAUAAGUGUCAUUUAUGCUUUCUGUGAAAAAUUGUGCCACAGCUAUACACAAUUUGUUGAAAACUAGUAUGGAUCCAUUAGUUUAAAAACAUACUGCCAUGGUUUUGCAUUAUGUACAGUUUUAUACUUUUGAUAUUUUAUAAUAAAAUCUAUUUUGUGCCUGUCUUUCAGUUUCAUUUGCUCACAAGGGCCUUGUUUUUACCAGUCUGAACCUAUAUUCUGUAGUUCCAGCAAAAGCAGCCCUUGUACUACAAGCUUUUAUCUUCAAAGACAGCAAAUGAGAGAAUCAUGAUUUUAAAGGGGGAAAAAGUGAGGCUGUUAAAUACUACUUGUGGAAGACUUCCACUUACAUAAUUCCAGAAAUGGUGUAAUGCUUUGUCAAGUUUACAACUGGAUUUUUAAAAGGGUUGUAUGUAUAGAAAUCAGUGUUUCAGGGAAGCCAGUUAGUCACAUCUUUAAAAUGGGGGUGGGGAACCACAGGCCUGAAAGCCAAAUGCAGUCAUCUGGGCCUCUCUGCUUGCCCUUUGCAAGUCCUCUCAGGCCACAAGCCUACCACAGCCAUAUUCUAGUGGCUGUGCUUUGUACUCUUGAACAAUGCCUCUUUUUAUUCCCUGGAUGGAGGCUAGAGGGAUGUGUGUAGAAAUUAGCAAACUGUACAAAAGUAAAAAUUGCAUUUUUGACUCUGCUCACUACUAGCCUCUAGGUGACUGAUCAGAACAUUUGUCCAUCAGAAGGGGCCUGCAGGUCACUGGAAGUACAUCAUCUGGGAUGAAAUGUAUAUGCAGCAUCAUAAACGAUGUUUCCUAAGAGGCAAACGGCAGAAAGUGGUGGAAUUUAGGCCUGGUUUGAGUCUCAACACUAAAUUAUGUUUUUGCAUUACAUAAAUAAGCAAGCCACUUCCUGCAGGACUGCAAGAUUAGAAGCUUCCCUUUCUACUUUCAAUUUAAUUACAGGUACUGUUACAUUUGAAGCCUAAACAGUAGUUAAUCUUUGCUAGUAGUAAACCAUUAAGACUGCCCAUUUUGUCUCCAUUUGGACAUAAUAAACCACAAUUGGUUAAAAGCAAGUGAAAGCUUUGUUAUCCCACAAUGGAUGCAACCCACGAUCCCAAUUACCUAUCUGCAUUUCACUUUGGGUUGAAUUAAGGCUGUGCAGAGUGGUGCAGACACAUAUUUGCUCAGAAAUAAGAUCAGUCAAGUAGUCUUAACACCUAUCAUUCAGCAUUAUCCUCAAUGUAAAAGCAGCCCUGCCAGAUCAUUGAAUUCCGUAUGUUGACAAAUGCCUGUAGAUUAAACAGGUUAUAUUAACAUUUAGUAUUAGUGCCAUACUCUGCUCAGCACCAUCCACAUGUUUAAGACACAGGAAAUAGGAUCAUGUUUGUUCCUCUCUUACUACAAAUGGAACACAAAUGGUUGUAAUGAAAGCCAUAAUUUACUUUUGGAACAGAAUGCAGUGUAACAUUUAUCCCAGAGAUACAGUAAUGCCUAAGGAUGUAUCCAUCAUUUCUCAGCACAGAUUGAAAGGGCUCCUUAACUGAAUUGUACACACUAGAACUCUGCACACUGUUUAUAUGUAGGACCGUCACUUCUGUAGUGGCAAUGUGUACAGAUGACAAACUUCAUCACUGUUCAUGAUUUAUUGAAGUGUACAUCAACUUCUAGUUAUAUUACGUGCAUGGUCCAGUGUCAACAUGUCAACCUGUCAAAAAAAUAAACAUCAUUCAGUUAC